AUGAAUAUAGGCAACAGUUCAUCAGUCAUUGAGUUCUUGUUAUUGGGAUUCCCAGAUGUUACUGGCUACAAGUCCGUUGCUUUCUUUAUUGUUAUCCUGAUCGUGUACAUCAUCACACUCAUGAUAAAUACUAUGGUCAUAUUUUUGGUGUCUAUCAAGCCGACGCUCCAUUCUCCCAUGUACUUUUUUCUCCAGCAGUUAUCAUUUGUUGAAUCCAUGUUCCUGACUGUGAUAGUUCCUAAAAUGCUUAAUGUUGUAUGGUUAACAGGAGCCACCAUAUCCAUUAUUGGUUGUAUAACGCAGACUUACAUGUAUUGUGCUAUAGGAUGCACGGAAUGUCAUCUCCUCACAGUCAUGGCUUAUGACCGGUACUUGGCCAUUUGUAACCCUCUUCGCUACAACACCAUUAUGGACACGAGACUUCAGCAUCUCUUGGUCAUCUAUUGUUGGGUUUUUAGCUUCCUGCUGACCCAGAUCACUCUUAAUCUUCUUUGCCAACUUGAUUUCUGUGAAUCCAAUGUGAUUGACCAUUUUUUCUGUGAUCUUGUUCCUUUUGUAGAACUUUCCUGCACUUACAAGUAUGCCUUACAGCUGGAGAUUCUGAUUGUCGCUAUUCCUAUAAUGGUCAUACCUUUUAUUUUAGUUCUUAUCAGUUACAUUUUUGUCUUUAAAACAAUUCUUGGCAUCUCCUCUGCCAAAGGAAGGAAGAAAACCUUCUCCACCUGUAGCUCCCACUUAACGGUAGUCAUCAUGUACUAUGGAACCCCUAUCACCAUCUACAUGGUUCCAGCUAAUGGUUACACCUUGCCUAUACACAAAUUAAUUGCAUUUUUAUACAUUGUAGUAACUCCCCUGUUCAACCCGAUCAUAUACUGCUUGAGGAACCAAGAAAUGAGAGCCGUCAUGGAGAAGUUAUUUAGAAGAAAGAAUAAAUCGGGCCAAAAUGCUCUAUUAGAAAAUUAA